AUGAAAUGGGUUAAAGACAACAUUGCAUAUUUUGGUGGAAAUUCAAAAUCAAUCACCCUAUUUGGUGAGAGUGCUGGAGGUGCGAGUGUCUCAGCACAUACGUUAUCUAAAGGUAGCUGGGAGUUGUUUGACAGAGCUAUCUUGCAAAGCGGAAACAUGCUUAUGCCGUGGGCGAUUAUGACAAAUUCUCAAAUCAAAGGUGGAUUAAAAUGGUUUCUAGGAAAAGUUAAUUGCGACAAUGAUGAAAAUUUGUUGGAGUGUCUACGAAAUGUUACUGAAGACAAAUUGAAGAGCGUGGCGAAUAGCAAAGAAUUUUGGUCAAUAUGGAUUGGACCUAAUGUUGAUAGAGAAUUCAUUUCUGAUAAACCACAAAAAAUAUGGGAGGACGGAGACGUCAAAAACCAAGAAAUAAUUAUUGGAGUUACUAAAGAUGAAAUGUUUAUGGUGCUGCAAAAUGAAUUACUAAAGUCUACGAACAUAAGUUAUUACUUGAAAUAUUUCGAGAAAUUACUAAAGAAGCAUUUCAAUAAUUCAUCCAAAGCGGUGUAUGAGAAAGCGAGAGAAUUGUACAACUACCGAAAUGCAUUCCUUCUUAUUUGGAAGCAUUAA